AUGAGCGUUCUUACUCAGUACAAGCCCGUCGCGACCUCUGAUAAAAAAGGAGGCGUGAUGUCUUUCCUUAUGGACCUGGCUGCCGGUGGAGUUGCUGGUGGUAUCUCCAAGACGGUUGUAGCCCCUAUCGAACGUGUCAAACUGCUUUUGCAGGUGCAGGCCGCGUCGUCUCAGAUUAAGCCCGAAGACCAGUACAAGGGCAUCGUGGAUUGCUUUGUGCGCGUUUCUAAGGAACAGGGUGUUGGAUCGCUAUGGCGUGGUAAUCUUGCGAACGUCAUCCGUUAUUUCCCGACUCAGGCUUUGAACUUUGCCUUUAAAGACAAGUUUAAGAAGUUGUUCAUGGAUGGCGUUACUAAAGACCAAUUCUGGCGCUUCUUCCUAGGCAACCUUGCAUCGGGUGGUGCUGCUGGUGCUACCUCGCUGCUCUUUGUGUACCCUCUUGACUUUGCUCGUACUCGUCUUGGUGCUGAUGUCGGCAAGGGUAAGUCGCGCAUGUACACCGGCUUGGUAAACUGUGUCUCCACAAUUUACAAAUCCGAUGGCAUUAGCGGUCUCUAUCAGGGAUUUGGCGUGUCGGUUGGUGGUAUCAUCGUGUACCGUGCUGCUUUCUUCGGUGGUUACGACACAUUGCGUGAUAUUGCUCUGCGUGACCCUAAGAACGCUCCCAUGUGGCAAAAGUGGAUGGUGGCCCAGCUUGUGACUACAAUGGCUGGUAUUAUUUCAUACCCCUUCGACACUGUGCGACGUCGCAUGAUGAUGCAGGCUGGCCGCAAAGACAUCUUGUACACGUCAACUCUUGAUUGUGCAACGAAGAUUGCCAAAAAUGAGGGAUCGGGCGCAUUCUUCAAGGGUGCCGGCUCCAAUGUUCUGCGUGGUACGGGUGGUGCUAUUGUCCUGGUGCUGUACGACGAAUUUAAAAAGUUGAUGAAGUAA